AUGGCUGGGGAGAUGGAUGAGGAUGGAUAUGUAGAGCCUGAUCAGGCUCAGCUGGCGGCACUGGCGAGCUUCAUGCCAGAUUUUGAAGUUGUGGAACAUGCUACAGGCGACAGUGCUUCAAGCGUUGCGAGCGCAGACGCUGCUAGUGUGGCAGAGGAUGUAGAGCCAGAGUUUAAAGCUGAAGAGGGCGAAGAAUUUACGUAUCGACUCUUCUCGAAUGUUUCAACAACCAAGUUGAACACUGCACAGGAAGAGCAGCGGGACGACGUGGAUGAGCAUGGCGAUAUUCGCUACAUUCACGUUGAACAGAAGCGGUCAUUUGACUACUACUAUCAGCCAUCUCGCUUGGAGGCAUUACAGUCAUGUACGACAGUCAUCGACGGAGACACGGUCCUCAAGCUGUCUCAACAACCAUGGCCUGGGUGCGCUGCGACUGAUCGCGUGAUGCACAUCAAGCUAGAUUUAUCAGACAAGGGCAAGAAACGUUGGCGACCAUCGAAAGCACGUCGUGACCGCUUCAAACUCAUCAAGGAGCAAGAAGCACAAAAGGAACGGCAACGCGCUGCGUCUCGCGCUGGUCAGCGUGGUCGUGGCGGUCGUGGUGGCGGGAUGAGCAGAACACGCGGUCGAGGCAGAGGAUCAUGA